CCUCCAGGUAAAAUGAGAUGGAGGUAAAAUCGGGAACUGAUCACAGGCUCUGCCAGCACUGGAGCCAAUCUAACCCAUCCUGCCUAUGCCUAACAUUUUGAUUUUGUUUUCUGUUAAGCCCACCGAGCUCUUUCCCCAUAACUCUCCAGGAAAGGCCUUUAGGAAACAUUUAAAAACAAGUUAUCUUUUAGCUAGGAUGGUGAAUGUUACUUGCCUGCUUCCAGCUAGAAUAGUACAUUACACAGGAAACCCCCAAAAAUGUGAAGAAAAUAGUUCAAGAAGUUGAAGAGCUGAAUUGCAAAGUGUUUGCAAUUGUAACCAAACAUUUGGAAGUGAAGCUUUUUGUCUGCCCCUCUUUACUGCUAUGUUUUAUUGCAGUCCAAACCAUCUUGGGGUUGCCGGAGGGUUAAAUGCUGAUUUCCUGCUGUUUCUUAGUGCUACUAAUGAGUUUUAAAAGCUGCCAAGUUCUUCAAGAAUUUGCAAUUAAUUAACAUCAGUUUCCUGGCUGGAGUUUGUUAUUGCUCCCUGCUUCUGCUUCAUAGCUCAGACACACACAAGGCAGCUAAAGCUGUGCUGCAAAGAAAAAAUUAGCUUAGGAAACAAAAGUUCCAAUGGGAAAGCUCGGAUUUCUUUUCCCAUCUUUGCUGCUCAUCGGCUUUUUGGCAUUAGACACAACAUGUUACUUUGCAGACAGUCAGGGAAUACAGCAGCCAUUCAGUAAGGCCAUUCUGGAGAUGUUACAUAUAAAUACACUUACACUGCCGCAACGUACCAAGCUUCACCCCUACUUGAGAAAAAUCUAUCAGCGACUCAGAUCAUCGGACGCUAAAGAUUCCACUGAAACUGAGGGAAUUCUAGUUCAAAGUUUCAGGAGUAUCCGAGUUCCUGAAUAUGACAACCCUGGAUGGUUAUGGUUUAACAUUUCCAGCCUCAAGCCCUCCAUGUUGGCAGCAGAGCUGGUGUUACUGCGGAGAACCCUGCACCCCAAGGCACUGACAAUCAAUGUAACAAUACACACAAUUAGCUUGGAAGGGAACAACCUGUCUAUCAGUGAUCCACUAGACAGAAAGAUAUUGAAUCUGAGCAAGCUGCCAUCUUCUGGCUAUGAUACCUUCAACGUUUCCAUCAUCCUGAGACUGUGGAGGGUGAACGUGAUAGGAUUCCAGUUCCAGUUCACCGAUGACAGCGGCAGUCUGGUCCUGCAUGAUGCCCUCACUCAGAGUCUCUACUGUCUCAACACCAGUUCUCAAGAUGAACCGCUUCUCAUCACCUAUCGGUUUGUGCUAUCAGAGAAGAGCAAGACAGCCAGAUUGCGCAGCAGUAGGAAUAGCCAGCGAUUCGCUGGUGGAUUGAGAGUGAGGCAUCUUGCUCACAGAGAUAUCCCCGAAGAAUGCAGCCUGCACCGGUGGUUCGUGAGCUUACGGUCUUCAGAGUUAAAUCGCUGGAUCCUGGAACCUCAGGGUUACUACGCUAACUUCUGUAGAGGUCGUUGCUUCAGUGCUCUCUCUGACCAGGAGAAAACAGUACCAACCAUCUCUGCAUGGGACAGAGCAGCUCAAAACACAAACAAAUCACAAAGAUCGUACUGCAAUCCCCAGAGAUAUUCCUCAAUCAAAAUUAUGUAUUUAACAGCGAAUGGGAAUAUUUUAAUUGAGAAUUUGAAGAUGAGUAUUGAAAGUUGUGCAUGCAUGUAGACUUCUUUAUGCUGCAUGUGUGUGUGGUAUAUAAUUUUUUUCCCUAUGUCAUCUAAACUCAAUGUAUUCACUUUCGAGAAGACAAUUAGAAUACAAUAAGAACAUUGGAAUAAUAUGUUAGAAAGGGCCGGGUGUUAUUUACUAUUUGCAAUUCACAUUUGUAAAGUAAUUGACAAAAGGAGGACAAAUUAAACUGUGUCAUCAAACAGGAGCUGAAGAUGUCUUGUUGCAAUAUUUCAUAAAUGUUAUGAAUGUAUCAAGUUUUUAUUGUAUUUUUAAUUGUGUUUGAUUUGUCCUUUCUCAUUAACUUAACAGUUCUCCCUCCCUACAAUCUAGACUUUCAAAACAAAGAUGUCUUACAUAUUUUGUGUGCAUGUGUAUUGAAUCAACAAUCUAAUUUUAAGGUUGUGCAUACGUUAAAACUUUGGUGAGCUUUAUAAUCCAAGUUCUUUUUAAGGCCAUGCUCAAUCUUAGUAACGGAACAAUCAUGAUUUAAAGUAAAAUUUAUUGAACUCAUUAAGACUUCCCCUUGUGCUAAUUACAAACAAUACAAAUGUUAUCUGUAAUAUGCAAUAAGGCAAAGUAAUGCAUAUGAUUCAAUAAAAAUAAUAUCUUAUUUUAUAAACAGUUAAACAUGAAUUAAUAAGUUUAUUGGCUAAGUAUUCACAUACAAGAAAUUUGCCUUGGUGUUCCGCCCGCAAGGGACAAAAUGACAUACGGUGACAGUUAAGAAUGCCACAUAAAACAUUAAACAUUAAUAAAACAUUAUUGAUUAA